AUGUACCCGAACCCGUGGAUCCGGAAACACUCGACCCUCAGACAGGUGAUCGAUAAACUGUUGUCGAUCAACUCGAACAACACGAAAAAGUUCGACGCCAUGUUGAACGGCGGCAAGAAGAAGCCCGGCGGCGGCAGGAGAACGGCCGCGACGACGGCGGAAAAACGCAAACGUUAA